AUGUGUAAAUCGAAUAUUUCGUCAUCCAGAGCAAAACAUUGUAAGUUCUUUCUAGUUCAGGGUCCAAACAAGAGCAUGUUGUGCCGUAGAAUUUCGGGUCUUGCCCGAAUCGGAUUGCAUUCUCUGCCCAGAAUUAUUCGAAGAAACUACAGAAUUCAAUACUCUACAGUUCUAAAAAAAUUUUCGCGAAGUUUCUCCAGCGAAACUAACAGCGAAAUAUCGAGCGUUCGCUUGUGGAGCGAUGGCGGCGGUGAUCAUGUUGUUUCGAACCCUUUCGAUGAUUUAGGUGCUUGGCACGACGCUGAAGCCAAAUCUUUUCUUCACAAUGUUUCGGUAGACACGGUUGGAAAAAGUACUGCGAAAGGACAACGGGAAGCGAAUGAGGACUGUUACAAAAUUUUAGAACUAGAACCAGACUUGUAUUACUUUGCCGUGUUCGACGGCCAUGGUGGAUCAGUGGCUGUGGAGUUUGUGAGCGAACAUCUUCAUGAUUGUAUAAAGAACUUUUACAGAAGCGAUAAAAGUAUUGAAAGUGUAUUAGUGGAAGCUUUUAUUAAGUGUAACAACGAUUUGAAGGAAUACUGUGAGUGGCUUAUUGAAAAAGGUAAGGUACGAAGUAGUUGUAAACAACAGGAAUUAUGUAAGGUACACGCUGAAAACUGAUUGGAAUUUUACUCACGUCUGACCUGUUACCCUCGUUAAGGCGCCCCAUAUAUUUUGACGGAAUGAGCUUAGAUAUUUUUAGUGGUAAUUCUCUAGUUUUACUCUGUUCAGUUGUUAGAUUGUCAUCCGGUUAGAAAGAAAACAGUUUACGAAAUAUUCACUUUCGUUGUGUUUAGCACGUGCUCGUAUUAGAUACUUCUACAACAUAAUAUUGUCUGGAUUCGUUGAAUGACACUAGUUUCUUCGCCAAAAUAUUUUAUUGUUGAGUGGAUUCAAAUUUCACCGUUUUCUAGAAGUUUUGCUCACUGGUACCAUCAAUAUUAUGGAAGGAAACUUUCUACGUGCGUCACUGCUUCGAAGUUUUGAUCUGCAUUCGUUUGGCGCGAUUUCACCCUUCAUUUCAGAUAAUUUCCGAUUGUUUGUAUAUCCACCGUAUUUUGAUUAAUGUGAUAUGAAGAGGAUUGUUGAUAUAUUUGCUACGGUACGGCCAUUCUCGUAGAAAGCAUGUUGGUGCUUUGGUUUAGGAGAAACGUUAUGUAAUUGAAGUGAAUUAUGUAAUUGUUUGUUAUGUUUUUGUUCGUUACGCGAACACAGUUUCUCUAGGGAGACAUAGUUAUUGGAUACAGUGAUAAGGGUGAAGAAGGUUUACUAGAAGGCAAAAUAAUGAUAACAAAUAAACUACUAAUGUACUUCUUCCCAGUAACGGCGGGGGAUAAGUGCUUUCCAACGUAGCAGCAUGCAGUUGGAAAGCGUUCUGGAAAUAAAUCUGUCCAACCUCACACUAUUCUAAGACAAACCUUAGUCCCAAAAGUCGUGUUAGCUAUUGUUCCUUUUGUCAAAGACCUUUAUGCAGAAUGAGGUACGGGGUUAUAUGGAAAUAUUCAUCAGCAUUUUAAUUAAGGUUCGAAGCAUUUUUUAUCACAUAAUGUUUCUUUGUUCUUCUUCAUUUUCCUAAGUUUUUUGUUACAGAGGGAUAACUUAGCAGAGACAAAAUGUCAAUAACUUGCAUGGGAUGAGAAGGUGCAGAAGGGAUUCAGUGGGCUGCAGACCCUUGUUCUAGGGCAGCAUGAAAAUUGUCUGGACAAAUUUUCAGUCUCUUGAUCUUUUAACAAAUCCUUGAGCAACUUUAGGAUUUCUUUAUUGUAGUUAACACAAAGACAGGAAAAUUGAAUACUCAGUGAAAGCCUCCAUUGACUUUUUGUCCAACAUCAACUUUUCCUGUGUUUUUCAAGUGAAUAAAAGACAAUUUGGAAGGGAAACCCUGCAGUCUAUCAGAUGACAGUUUGAGACUUUUUCCAUUCCCUCCCCUCUGCUCACAAAAUCUAAAAUUUGGUAAUUUUGAUUUUUGAGUAUGCAUAUUUUCCACUAAAUCUGUCAACCCUUUUACUCCCUAGAUCCUUUACGUAAUUAUCCUUAUUAUAUACCAUAUAAUUCUUAUGUUAGUGUGGAGAAUUUGGUUUUGGAUCAACUGAUUAUUUAUUUUUUUUUUAGUCUCAUCACUAGUUUGCUUGACAUUGUAUUGAUACUGUAAAGAGAAAUUCUAUCUUGGUCACUCAUGGAAGUGAAAGGGUUUUUGGCUUAGGAGCUUUGAAUUAUAUUCAUGUGGUUCUGUUGUAGGUCAUGAGAGGAACAUAUUGCACUGUGGUACUACAGCGACUGUAGCUCUCUUACAAAAUGGUACAGAUCUUACAGUAGCUAGUGUUGGAGACAGUAGUGCAUUAAUGUGCCGACUGGGUGAAGCAGUCUCAAUGACAAUUGCACAUCACCCAUCCAGAGAAGAUGAGCAGCAAAGAAUAAAGGUGUUCAAUGGAUGGAUUGAUUGGGGAUUAAAUUCUCCAAAGGUUAAUGGAAAGCUUGCAAUGACUCGCUCAGUUGGUGACUUUCAUCUGAAGCCCUAUGGAGUCAUUGCCAUCCCUGAAAUACAGCAAUUUAAACUGGAUCUCAACACAGAUUCUUUCAUUGUUUUGCAUACUGAUGGUGUCUCACAUGUUAUGUCAGAUGAGGAGAUUACUCACCUUGUGCAGACUUGCCCUGAUGCUGAACAUGCUGCUAAUAUUCUGACACAUUGUGCAAUACAAUAUGGUUCAGAGGACAAUAUGACCGCGAUAGUAAUUCCUCUGAGACUCUGGACCAAAAAACCCAAACAGAAGGUUUCAAAAGAGCACAGCUUAUUGAAAAAUAUGAGAAUUAAUUAUAUCUAAAUAUUCUAGUGCUGUCUCCUUUGCUUGGACCAUGCUGGAAGAUAGGAGAAGAAUUGAAUUCAUCUCUGAAUAUGUUUGUCAUGUUAUCUAGCAUACAUGUAUGUUGAAUAUUACAUUCUGCCAUUAUAGAAGGGUUUUUAGCAAGUUGACCCAAUAAUUUGAUCAGCACACAGGAUUCUUCAUGAAUCCUUCCAAACAUGUUUUGUGAAUAAUUUCCCACAUUGCUGGCAUGUAAUAAGCAUUUCUUGAAUUUUUAGAUUAAUUUUACAUUCUUUGAAAUUGAUAUAAUUUGACAGCUGUGCAAGAUUCCACAUAGUCUCUUGAUUUAAACAUUCAUUGUUGUCUAGAACUGUGAGUGAGUACAGUGGAAUCCACUACUUUUCUCAUCAUCCAAUGACCUUCAUUCAGUAGUAGAUAUGUGGGAACAGUAGUUCCUUCUUGUCCAAUUAGAACAAUUUUUAUGGGAUGAUUCAUUUACAACCAUUAUUUUAAAAGUAUUACUGUUUGCAAACUUACUUGUACUCCUAUUUUUGUUACUUAUGAAAAUAAUAUUGAGGAUAUUUCUACAAUAGCAAAUUGUGUGCUUGAGUCCUAUUGAGAUGGUU